CUGAACAUUGGUAAAACGUUCACGAUGGCUUCAAAGAUCGUAUUGAGCGGCUUGCUGGUUCUCUCUGCGUUGUGUCUUAUUGAUGCUCAACUGAGAAGGGAUUCAGUGCAAGUUCGCAUCCCGCCACCGGUCAUCAAGAUUCCGCCACCGCCUCCCCCACCAAAGACUCGCAUCAACAUUGAAGGCGGCGGGCUUCCCAAAAACCACGCGUUCAAAGGAAGGAUCGAGCAGGACCUGUUCCGCAUCAGGGGUGGCGGCGUCGUGCACGGAUACGGAGAAGGCACACACAUCCGGAACCCGCAGGUCGGAACCAUCAGGCAGGGAGAGGUCGGCAUCGGCGUCAGGUUUCCCAUCCGCCACGGCUAAAGGCAACAGAGAAUGAAGCAGCCAAAAUGUACGAAGCUUCACUGCCUCUAAUGC